AUGGUAGACCGUCUGCUGGAUGGUCUCCAGGACUAUGCCUGUGCCUACUUAGACGAUAUUGCCAUCUACAGUGACACCUGGGAGGACCACUUGGUCCACCUAGGCAUCGUCUUAGAUCACCUUAGAGUCGUCGGAUUAACCCUGAAGCCGGAUAAGUGCAACAUAGGACGCUUGGAGGUCCAGUACCUGGGCUACCGGGUGGUCUGUGGGAAACAACGGCUGGAGCCAGCCAAAGUUGAGGCAACAGCGAACUGGCCCAACCCCAGAACCAAAACCCAAGUGCUAGCGUUCCUAGGGACAGCAGGGUACUACCGGCAGUUUGUUCCUAAUUACAGUACCCUGGCCAAACCCCUGACUGACCUAACCCGUAAAAACCUAUCCCGACAAGUCCUGUGGUCCUCCGAAUGCGAGAAAGCCUUCCAGAGUCUCAAGGCAGCCUUGGUCUCUGCACCGGUGCUAACUCCUCCUAACCCAGCUUAA